CCCGAGGAUGGAAACAUGCCCAAAAUGUUGUUCUCAAAAAUCAGGUUUUACGACAUUAAGGAUCUGAUCAGUGGAGCCAAGAGGCCGAAACGGUUGGACUUCAUCCUGAGCAGAAGAGCGCACAAAGAUGAGGCGGUGCGGUGCGUUAUGGUGCGCAAAAUGAACCAUGAAACGCGCUGGAAAAGUCACAGGUCAGUGCUCGCGUGUGAUCCUCGCGAUAAUCCUGAUAAUAAUCGUGCAGAUGUCGAUAACGGCGGCGGGGUUUUUUGGUGUGAGGCAACUCUGGACAAGACAAAACGGUAUUUGAAGCCUGACUGUACCCUCCAACCGUCUUUGGAGCAACUUCUGCAAGACAAAGAGUACCAGCGCUCGUUCCGCUCGUUCCUUCAGUCGGAGUACAGCGAGGAGAACCUGGACUUCUGGUUGGCCUGUGAGGACUUCAGGACCAUCAGCUCAGAGGAGGAGCUGCAGAGGAGAGCUCAGCAGAUCUACCAAGAGUUCCUCCUGACCACGGCCAAGAGAGAGGUGAACGUGGACCACUGGAUCAGGGAGAAGAUCCUGGUUUCUCUGGACAAACCCAGCUCGUCGUGUUUCCGAGAGGCUCAGAAACACGUGUACGCUCUGAUGGAGAAGGACUCCUGGCCUCGCUACACCCACAGCCAGAAGUGCCAAAGCCUGGGCCCCAAGGUCACGCACGCUCUGGUACAUCUAGACUUGGCGUAGACCUGGGUUAGACCUGAUUGAGUCCUGGUUUAGACCUGGAUUUGACUUGGUUUGGAUUGGCAGAAAGACAAGUACAGCCUGGUACAUUAAGUUGGGGGGGAAAAGGAGGAGCCAUAAAUUUUGAUGGAACUUUGUUUAGACUUGGGUUAGACCAAGAUUAGACCUGGUUUAGUCCUGGUUUAGACCUGAAUGAGUCCAGGUGUAGACCUUGUUUGAGUUUGCCGCACACCUGCUGUUAGGUUUAGGACAAAAUUCACACAAAUUGAGGUUCAUCAUGUCACAUUAGCGCCGUUUUAGUCCAGUUUAGACUUGAGUUAGACUGGUUCUAGCUCAGUCUUAUCAUAGUCCUGGUUUAGAUCCUUUCUACUCUUAAAUCUUUCAUUAUUGUCCUAAAAUGUGUCUGAAAACCGCUCAUUGCAUUAAGAUGGUUUGGAAAAAGUCGAGGAUUGUCAUAUCGCACGUGAACAAAAAUGACUGAAAACUGUGUUGGUUCAGAAUUUACAAAAGUGUCGAUGUAAGUUUGACUGAAAGCUUUAAGUGUUACAAAUGUUUACUGUUCGAAAUAAAGAUGAGUUUUCUUAUUUGUCAA